CAUUGAAAAGACAAGCAGGACAGCUAAGUUGUGGCUGCAGCUUUUUCACACUAUAGAUUUAGCUCUUAAUUUUGUGUAUGCUGAGAGGACAGGAGAUUGGAUUAUGCAUUUAAAAUGCACAACAGAUAUGCUUCCAUAUUUCCAUGCAUCAGGCCACUUGCCUUAUGCAAAGUCUGCACAUAUUUAUGCCCAAGAAAUGACCAAAAUAACUGAAAAACUCUCUGAAAAAGAAUUAGAUCUUUUCAUCAACAAGGGAUAUUUUACUGUGAAAAGAACAACAAGAUACUGGUCAGGAACAUGGACAGACAUGUGCAUAGAGCAAUGUCUGAUGAGGCCAAUGAAAUCUGUAGGAGGACUCACUCAUGGAAGGGGAAUGAAUGAAAGUACUGUGAAUAAAUGGAUUCUUGGGACACCAUACUUCAUAAAGAUUAAUGAAGCAUUAGAGGAGUUCUUAGACAUUUCUAUUACCUACAGUGAACAACAUGUUGAGCUGAGAAAGUCAAGAAAACUCAGAGACCAAGCUGAUAUUGAUAAGUUCACCACAUGGUUCAGACAACACAAUCCAUUAAAUAAGGAAUCUGGAGAGCUAGUUUCAUUAUCAUCUGGUUUCAUCAGUGAUGAGUCAGUCAACUGUGACCAAGCCUAUGACAUAGGUUGUGCUGCUAUGAAGACAAUGAUAGCUCUCAAAAAUUGAAAUUGUAUCUUGAAUAUGAACUGUCUUCACAUCCACCAUCUCUCUUCGACAAUGUUUCACUAAGAAAAGGAACUAAAUCAUCUAUCCUGAAAGUGUUUCAAGAUGCUGUAAUAGAGGAAGAAGAAAUUGAUCAAACAAAUUUAUGUGUGAUUAUUGAUGGAGGAUUUCUCCUUCAUUAUGUUCCCUGGCCACAAGACUCCACUUAUGGAAAUAUCAUACACAUUUAUCGAAAAUAUGUUGUAGAAAACUUUGGAGAAAAUGUAACGGUUGUAUUUGAUGGCUAUCCAGAAGACUGUACAACUAAACAAGAAGAGCAGAAUAGAAGAGCAGCAAAAAAAUCCUCAAAUGACAUAGAUUUUGAUAGGAACACAAAAUGCUUAACAUCAAAGGAAGAAUUUUUAGGCAACAGAAGAAACAAGAAGAAGCUUAUAUUUUCAGUUUCUGAAGAGCUUAUAAGUUCAAAUAUC